CCUCGCUUUGUCCAGCCUCCAAAACUCAGCUUGCCAUGAGCUGCAGGCAGCCGCUGCCGAGCGAGAGGGGCGCGAGACAGAGAAAACGCAGACGGAACGGAGGGGAAGAUGAAAAUCACGUUCCCCAAACAAAACGUAGCACUAGGAACACUGUCCUUCAGGACUCGUGGGACACCGAGUCCAAAUGCCUAACAGAAUGUGCACCACAGCCUGGGGAAAUGAAGGUGGCUGUAACGAAAAACAGUAAGGAACGCAGACUAAAAGGAAACAAAGUGUCCUGUGCGUCCUCCAGCAGCGACAGCGGCAGCACGAGCAGCAGCGUCCACAGCCCGGACCGAGUGUACGGCGCAGAGAGCAGCCUGAACCCCAUGGCGGCCGGCUCCAGUCCCGUCUCCUCACAGUCCUUCCAUGAGCAGUCAGCGCUGAGCCAGGGGCCUUAUUUCUACAUUAACCAGAUCCUGAAGGAAGCACACUUCCACAGCUUACAGAGCCGGGGGAGGCUUCCCACAUGAUGGACCACCAGAUCCCCACCUUCUGUGAAGGGACAGCUCUGUAGAUUUCAUAUUUCAACAUAAAAGAAGUUUGUUAAAUUGAAUUGCACAGAAAGCCUGUUGCCUUUUAAGUCUAUAUUUGAAAUAACAGGUUAACAGGAAAUUGUUUACUUGUGGUUUGCUGCACUAUUGCAAUGCAAAAAGGGGCUUUGAAGCAAUUUUUAUAGGAU